UCCCCUCCUGCCCUCUCUCUCUCUCUCUCCGGAACAUUCUCGACUCUCCCCCCCGCCAAAACGGGGAGAGUUCCAUCGUUCUAUCUAUGACCUAACCAUAAACAAAUAGAAACUCUACAGAGUUCCUGGAACUAGAGAAACAUUUCCGGACACUGACCGGUGAGAACGCGGCCAACUGGUGGAAAGUCGACGAUGGCUAUGGAGGCCGAGGCUGCACCUGCCGAAUUGGCUCUCUCUGAAACCGACAUCAAUUGGGACAGGUUGGACAAGACAAGGUUCCAUGUCAUUGGAGCUAUCCUCUUUACUGCACAAUCAGCUUUGCUACAUCCAACAGCAGUUGUAAAGACUAGAAUGCAAGUAGCUAGCCCAGGACUAGCUCAAAUGCAUGGAAUAUCUGUAUUCAGGCAUAUAUUGAAGAAUGAUGGUGUCCCUGGUAUUUUCAGAGGUUUUGGUACUUCUGCCAUUGGGUCGUUGCCAGGGAGGGUCUUGGCUUUGACUUCAUUGGAAGUUUCAAAAGAUAUGAUGCUAAAGUAUACUGAAGAUUUGGAUAUGCCUGAGGCGACACGUGUUGGUAUUGCAAAUGGAAUGGCAGGCCUAGUGUCAAAUCUAGUCUCUUGUAUAUACUAUGUUCCUUUGGAUGUGAUUUGCCAAAGGCUAAUGGUACAAGGCCUUCCAGGGACUGCAGUUUGUAAUGGACCGAUAGAUGUAGUUCAUAAAGUUAUCAGGUCAGAGGGGAUUCGUGGUAUGUAUAGAGGCUUUGCUCUAACUGCAGUAUACCAAUCCCCAGCAUCUGCACUGUGGUGGGGUGCAUAUGGUGCUGCACAGCAUGUCAUCUGGAGGAGUUUGGGGUAUAGAAACGAAAUGGAGAGAAAACCAUCUCAUUUGGAGAUGGUGGUGGUUCAGGCUACAGCGGGGACUCUGGCUGGUGCUUGUUCAUCAAUUAUUACUACUCCUAUAGACACUAUCAAGACACGGCUUCAGGUCCUGGAUGAUUAUGGCAUUGGAAGACCAUCUGUUAUCAAGACCACAAAAACGCUUCUUCAGGAAGAUGGGUGGAGAGGCUUCUACAGAGGGUUUUGGCCCCGGUUCUUAAACAUGUCUCUCUAUGGGACUUCCAUGAUUGUUACAUAUGAACUGAUAAAGAGAUUGUCUGUAAAGCAAGGUUGACAUUCAUAGGCUCAUAGCAGAUGGUUAGGUGCAAUCUUAUUCGAAGGUCAAGCUGCUUGGACUCUCAAGUUUAUUCAGUUUUGCUCAUUUUUUGUGUUGCAAGUGCAAGCUUGGGAAGAGAAAAGAGAAUUUGUUUGCAGCCCGACUUUUGUUUAAGUGUUAAAAUGUCAUUUUGAAUUAUAACCAGUGAUGAUCAUGAAACUUUUUUUUUUCUCAAGGUAGAAUACACGUCGAUAUUAGCAACAGAACAGAAGCAUCCCUGAAGGGGUUAAUAUGAUGGCUCGGUUUGCUUCCUCUUUUAUUUCACCGAGAAGGCAACAGAAGCCUCCCCAUGGGGUUAUAUAACAAAUUCAAAUGUAGUUCCUCUGAUAUUCGGUUGAAAACGUACAUUGUAUCUUUUCCAACUUGAAAGCAAGAGAAGUGAACUUUCAGUUGAGCUCUUUA